AUGGAUGAGGUAAUUGUCGCCAAGACGCAGCUGGAAAAGAAGGCAACUUUUGAGGCUGGCAUAACGACCCUUCUGCGCCUCGCCGAGCAGCGCGCCGCCCCGCCGGCCGCGCUGCUGCCCGCAGCGCAGCGCGCGCACGCCCUCCUCAAGGCCCGCUACAGCAACCCAGCCUGGCUCAAGCUCGGGGCCCGCUUAUUCUCAGCCCUGCUUGCGAAUCCAGGCGGCGGACUGGAUGCCGCGCAGCGCGCCAAGGUCGACGGCUUCGGCGCCGACUUGAGGCGGCUUCUCGGGGACGAGGCGGAAGGCGAGGGGGCGGCCCCCCGCGAGCGCACGCUGGGGGAGUUGCUGGGGAUCCCGCCGCCGCAGGCGCGGGCCAGCCACCUGUCUGACGCCGGCUUGGUCCUCGAGCAAAUCGGCGGCGCCGCCCCUGGGCAGGGGCCGGGCGCAGGUCAGGGCGCAGGGGAGGAUAUGCUGCAGUUGCUCGCGAUGUACGCCGAUGCUGGGCAGGGCGGGCCGCAGGAGCGGGACAGCGGCGACGGGCAGCAGCGGGAGCAGCAGGAGCAGCAGCAGGGACAGCAGCGCCGCGACGGCUCACGACAGCAGCAAGAGGGUGGCGAUGACCGUCAGCAGGAGGGGCAGCAGCGGCGGCAGCAGCAGGACGCAGCUGCCCCGCAGCUGCCGGAACUGACCAGCCUGGCUGGCCUGCAGGCCCUGCUGGCGCAGCUGCUCGCGCGCCGCUCCGCAACCGCGGACGGGGGCCAGCAAGAGGCCAGCGGAGCCGGCGACGGCCAGCCAGGCGGCGACGGGCAAGAGGAGCAGAGCAGCGACAGCGCCGGUGACGGCGAAGGUGGCGUGUUGGGUGCGCUCAGCGCUGACGUCAUGCUUGAGGAGCUGGAGAUCAUGAUGGCAACGUGCGUGGCUUUGCUUGGGGUGCCCAUCGAAUCUGAGGCCGGCGCCGCGCAGCCGCCAUCGCGGCCGCCCGCGUCGCGCAAGGUGGUGGCCAGCCUGCCCGUGGUCAAGAUUGAUGCGGCAGCCGCCGCCCGCGCCGCUGCGGCCGGCGAGACCUGCCCCGUCUGCUGCGAGCAGUGGCGCGAGGGCGAGGAGCAGCAGCGGCUGCCGUGCGGGCACAGCUUCCACCCGGGGUGCAACGCGCCGUGGCUGGCGCAGCACAACUCGUGCGCCAUAUGCAGACAUGAGUGA